CCAUCCCCUUUCUACCCCCUCACGCCCACUUUACCCUGGGACACCCCCAUCCCCUUUCGACCCCCCGGGACACCCCCAUCCCCUUUCUACCCCCCGGGACACCCCCUUUACCUCAGGAGAGGCUCCCUUUACCCUGGUACACCCCCUGACCCUUUCAGCGCCCCUCACUACACCCCCUUUACCCUAGGGUACCUCAUCUCCCCUUCACUCCCUAUUGUACACACUACCUCAGGACACCCCCAUCCCCUCACUACCCUCCCUCUGCCGCUUUAGGACACCCCUUCUCUACCCCUCGACACCCUCUUUACCGUAGGACACCGCCUCUCUACCCCUAGCCCCAGUGCACCCCCUUUACCCUAGGGCACCCUCACUGCACCCUUUCCCCUCUACCUCAGGCCACUCCUGUCCCCUCUCUAGCCCCCCGUGCCACACUAGGUCACCCCCGGCAUUGCACCGUCUCUAACCAAGGUCACCCCCACACCCCCUUUCAGCCCUUCUAGCUCAGGACACCCCCAUCUCGCCUAUGCCCCCAGGACGCCCCCUACCCCGUAAUACGCCCCAUCGCUUCCUCUACCCCGAGGAAACCCUUGCCCCGUUACACCUCCCGAGUCUGUCUGCGCCCCCCGCCCCUUCCCCAGCCCGGCAGGCGCGCCUGUGUCUGGCCCUGGCUGGUGGCGGCGAUGGCGGAGCGGGGACGUCAGUGUAAGUGGGCCGGUCCUGGGCUGGGCAGGGCAGAGCCUCCUCCCUCCCGCUGCAGGGAAGCAGCAGGGUCCGCGCUAAGCUCCCAGCCUUGUGCCUCAGUGAAUGGUCCGGGUGCGACUGGGGGGCGGGGGAGCCCGGCCGCCGGGGGGGCAAAGGCAGGGCCCGGGGAGCCGGAGUGAGAGGAGUCCCAGCUCUCCGUGCCGCCUGGCACCGGGGAUUACCAGCCCGGGGAGCCUGCAGAGCCGCAGCACUGAAGUUGCAAGGGGCAGGCGGGUUGUGCCUCACUUGCCUGGGCUGAUGAGCUGUCCCUGAAGUGCUGCAAGCACUAGUCUCUCGAGGGGGUUCCAAGAUUCAUUCUGUUGUACCAAGUGACUUCAGCAUCUCUCUCUGGUCAGAGGUCCCACACAGCCUGCUUCUGCGUGAGCCACUCUUCCCAACUGCCAUGGAACAUUUUCCACCCAGCAACUUAUAUCUCUCCAGCAGAUUCAUGGCGCUGCCUUCUGCUGACCUACUACUGUUCAGCAAGUUCAUCACCUCAUUUUCCUUCUGCAAAUGAGAGAAAAGUCAUAAUGGACCCAAUCCUACUAAACAUAUCCUGGAAUUUGAGGGGGGUGUUGACAUUCCAGAAGGUGUCCAGAAGCUUGCAGAGUUGUACCUGAAGUCACAGUCCACUGGUGUUGCUGGACUUCUGAAGUGGUCAACCAGAUUCCCUUAAAGUGGUCUUCUGAGUUAUAACACAGGUGUGUGAUGUAAAAGCAGUGGGCAGUCCUUGGGCCCUCCCCCACACUAUUGUAACGUCAUGUGCCAGUAUGAAUAUUAACGCAGAAACACAUACUUCAGUACUCAGCAACCAAAGGAGAAGCUAAACACUGAGAACAAAUGACUGGACUGCUUGCAAAACUUUGGGCAGCUAACUUCUUCUCCUCCUUCCCGGCUAUUGUGAAACAGCUGGAAGAGCAGAACUGAAGCAGCAUUUUUUGUGGAUAUUUUUUCUUUUUUUAAUUUAAUUUUCCCCCUUUGUUUUGGGUUUCAGACUCUCAAACUGCACUGACCGUAAGCACUGGACAGCAAUAUGUGUCAUGUCAUUGUAACUUGUCGCUCAAUGCUGUGGACACUCCUGAGUAUUGUCGUGGCUUUUGCAGAGCUCAUAGCUUUCAUGAGUGCAGAUUGGCUAAUUGGCAAAGCCAAGCCUGUGAGCUCCGAAGAUAUGGACAACAGGACAGGAGGCUCACAGGAGCCUUACCAUCCAACUUUGGGCAUCUAUGGGCGUUGCACCAGAAUCUCCCACAUGCAGGUUUCCAGACGAGACACGCUUUGUGGGCCCUAUGCAGAGAACUUUAACGAGAUUGCCAGUGGGUUCUGGCAGGCUACUGCUAUUUUCCUAGCUGUGGGGAUCAUGAUUCUCUGUGCUGUGGCAUUUGUGUCUGUCUUUACUAUGUGUGUGCAGAGUGUAAUGAAGAAAAGUAUUUUUAAUGUCUGUGGGCUGCUACAAGGGAUUGCAGGCCUUUUCCUUAUCUUAGGCUUGAUGCUGUACCCUGCAGGCUGGGGCUGCCAGAAGGCAAUAAGCUAUUGUGGACAUUAUGCUUCUGCUUAUAAACUAGGAGACUGCUCAUUGGGCUGGGCCUUCUACACAGCUAUCGGUGGCACUGGUCUGACAUUCAUCUGUGCCGUCUUCUCAGCGCAAGCAGAAAUUGCCACAUCUAGUGACAAAGUGCAAGAAGAAAUUGAAGAGGGGAAAAACCUUAUCUGCCUCCUUUAAAUACAAUGGAAAAAAAGAUCAAUCAGUAUCUAUUUUGCUUUUAAAUGACUUGAUAAAAGGAUCCAUAUCCUGUGAUUUAGCCUUAUGCAGUCUAGCCUUGAACUACUGAAGCAACUUCUAUCACUUGCUGGGCGAUGAGGACCAGAGAAAGGAGGCUCUCAAGCAGAGAGAGUGUACAUAUGUGGGAAUUUUUGGUGUGACUACAUUGUCGGACUCAGCAGAAUAUACAACUUGAGAGUGAGGCGGGGGAGUGUAUAUAGUGAACAAACCUAAUAUACCUGACAAUUUCUGAUUUGAUCAGAUUGCAUUCUCCACCUUGGUCACUUUGAAGGAUCUGCAUUAAAAUAAUAAAAGCCAGCACAUUUCUACUAUGUACAGGACUAGCCUAUUUAAUCAGGUUUUGUUUUCAAGGGCUUCAAUCACUUGUGAACAUGUUAUUACCAUGUGGUUUGGUACUAUAGUUAAUAUUGUGGUGCUUGUUGAUGAGUUUUAAAAUUAAAGCACAACUUGGUUGGUUUUUUUGUUUUUGAUAAUUAAAUGCAUGACAAAGAACAUGGUUGACAUUAAGACCUUGCUAAAAGUGGUAUAAACUGUAAAGAAAGUGAGGCAGGGGCUUAUAUUAUUUAGUUUGUUCUGGCAUGAAAUAUCAGUAACAAGUGGUAGAUACAUUAUAUUUUAGCAGCUAGAUUUGAAGUUAAAUUAUUUUUGUUUCAUAGCAGAGCCAGGGGAACUGUUGUUACGCUGGAGUUUACCUAUAUAAAAUAAAAAUGGUAGAAGUAAUGCUUUAGUAUCUAAAUGUGUGACACACUGAACCUUGGAUACAAAAAUAGUGUCUUUACUAGAAAUCCCAGGAAGCCUCAAUAUUUAGGAAAAACAUUAUAUUCUCUCUGCAGCAAAAUUGACAGGGUUAUUUUGUGAAUGCCAACAAGUGUUGACAGUGCCUCACUCUUCAGUAAAAAUAUGAACUGUAUGUUGGGUUUACAGUUACAAUAUUUCUCUGGUUGCCAAAAGAAACCUCAUUCCCAGUCCACAGGCCAGUGUCUUGUGUCUCAGAGCCAGUUUAGUCUGUAAUAGAUGUUCACCCUGCAGGAGGCAAGCCAAAUUCUAAAUGUUUGUGGGAAAACCUUUUCCCACUCUUUUUAACCACAUUUGGUAUGGACCCAUUUCCAGCACAUCAGCAGAAGCAGAAAUAUGACUUGCCACGAGUGACAUUCCUUUCCAAAAUGCGUUCAGUUCAGUCAUAUUACUUGGGUUGUUUCUCCAGUUACUGGAUUUAUCCUUGAGAGCAGAUAAAAGGAUAUUAGAAGAAAGAAUACUGUACUGCCUUCGGGAUGCAUGAGCACAAUUGAGGGUUCAAUAGAUAACUAUUCACUUGACAUUUGAUUGGAAAUUUUAAUUUUAAAACCAUUUAUUUCAUGGUGGUGGUGAAAUACUAGCAGGCACUGAAGUCUCAGACUAUUGUUAAAAAGCUACACAGAACCACCAGAGGUGUCCGCAAGUUUAUCCAUUUGUUAAAAAUCAAAUAACUUCUGCAGACAGAGAAUAUGAUAAGCCUCUGGAUUACAUGAGUGAUUUAUUGUAGAGAACAGCAAAUUAGUAUUGAAAUGUGUGAAGGUUUUGUGUUAUUUUUGCUGCAUCUCUCCUAACCUAGAGCUGAGGGAAAUGCAGCUUGCAUUAACUAUGCACAGUCUUACUGUUAUACCAUUAAAUGUAAAAGGUUUCUUUGGAGCACAUGUGGUCCCUACACUUUUUGAAUUCUUUAUCUGCUCCUGUGGAAGUCUCCUUCCCAGGACCACUUCUUCAGAAAUUAUUGAUCUGUGUGAGAGAUUCUAGUGAGGGUCCAGGCUUCAACUCUAAAGUUUUAAAAAGACAAUGUCGCUAUCUUUUUAAUAAAUGGGUAGUUUGUAAACUCCAGUUGGUAAUAAUGCUGCCUCUCUAAGAAGUUAAAUCAAUUAAUUUUCUUUUUAAAGUGGAAUAAUUUUGUUCUGGUCUGUUCCUGAUAAACCAGACCUGUUACUUUGGACCCAUUAAAUUGAUAGGUUGUAGUAGUGCUCCAGAAUCAAUGUGCUGGAGUAGCAGCCCCGGCCCCUGGAGUGCCAUUUGUUAAGUGUCAGAGUCCCUGUUUCUCUGAAAAUACAAAUCCAAGCCCCCUACACAGUCAUGCUGCUGACACCUCUGUUCUCCUGUGCACAUUCCCAAUGUCAGGGCAGAAUGAUGUGGAGGGUGUUAUGCUAGCUACAGGGCAAAACUUCCCCCUUGGUAAUAUUUAUAAUUUUCUUUUUCACCACUGCAUUGUGAGAACCUAACCUUUCCUCGUUAACCCAGAAUUCACACUUGAGAACCCCAUGUUUCCCCCUUCCCAAUCCCAUUGCACUCUUAUACAAGAUUUUAAAACGGGUAACUCAGUUUUCUUUUAAAUAUUUAACAUAAAAUAAAGCUAUGGGCUGGAACCAUUUAUGUCAAGUGUCUGCACAGAGCAAGUUUUCUUUUUAAACAAAUUAUAACCACUUGCAAAAAUUGGUGAGUUAGGGCAAAAUUGUAGCCACAGCAUCAUAAUGUCUCUUAUUUGAAACUAUGCACCUUUGAAAUGUUUCCUUGUACAUACAAAGUAUACCUUACUAAGCACACACUCCAAAUUUUCAACCAUAUUAUUUGUAUGUGGCUGAAUCCUAUUAAAAACCUGUAAGAACCCUCCCCCCCAUUGAAUACAGAUGCAAAGUUAUUGCUUGUUCUACAGCUGCUACUACUUUAGAAGCAGCAAAGAGUCUUGUGGCACCUUAUAGACUAACAGACG